AUGCAUAGUGUUUUUUGGAUGCAUCCAUCCUCCCUCUCACAUAAGGGUCACUUAGGACUCCGGAUCGGGCCUAAGCAUCAAGUGGGGCCUACGCCGCCGAAUAAACGUUCAAGAUCCUCUCGGAAAGGCAUAUAUGCGUUUGCGCGUCAUCAACAAAUGGGUGCGAUCAUACCAGCACUAAUGCACCGGAUCCCAUCAGAACUCCGCAGUAAGCUUGCUUGGGCGAGAGUAGUACUAGGAUGGGUGACCUCCCGGGAAGACCUCGUGUUGCACCCCUUUGUUUGUUAA